GGGUGCCUGCGGCACUGCGGGGGCCCCGGGAGUUGGGGUGUCGGUUUACACGUCGUGUUCGGUACACAAGCCAUCAGAGAUCCACCCACUUGCCUUUCCCCCUGCGCUCGGGACUGGAGAACUGGAGAGAUCUGCCCUCUCUCCCCCCUCCCUCCUCCUCCACCCGGUCCGCCUCCCCCGGCGGAGCAGCGCGCCCGGAGCCCCAGCGCAGACUCGGCUCAACUCCGUUCGCUGGAACUUGCUUUCCGCCCAGGAAGAGCCAUGCUCCGGGUGAUAGUGGAAUCUGCCAGCAAUAUCCCUAAAACGAAAUUUGGGAAACCAGAUCCUAUUGUGUCUGUGAUUUUCAAGGAUGAGAAAAAGAAAACAAAGAAAGUUGACAAUGAACUCAACCCAUUCUGGAACGAGAUUUUGGAGUUUGACUUGAGGGGUGUACCACUGGACUUUUCAUCUUCCCUUACUAUUGUUGUGAAAGAUUUUGAGACAAUUGGACAAAAUAAGUUAAUUGGCACGGCCACUGUCGCCCUGAAGGACCUGAUCGGUGACCAGAGCAGAUCACUGCCAUACAAACUCAUCCCCCUGCUGAACGAAAAGGGGCAAGAUACUGGGGCCACCAUUGACCUGGUGAUUGGCUAUGACCCACCUUCCGCUCCACAUCCAAAUGACCCCAGUGGGACCAGUGUGUCCGUCACAGAAGGAGACGAGGAGGAAGACGGAGGUGAUGAAGACAGGUUGGACGGUACAGUCCGGGCUCCCGGGCCCAGGGGGACAGGUGGGAUGGCGUCGGAGGCCCACCUUGCCCGGAGGCUCACAAAAGGAAGGAAGAGCCGGCGGAUACUGUCCAGCAAGCCUCAGGACUUCCAGAUCCGUGUCCGAGUUAUCGAGGGCCGCCAGUUAAGUGGCAACAACAUCAGGCCUGUGGUCAAGGUCCAUGUCUGUGGCCAGACACACCGAACGAGGAUCAAGAGAGGGAACAACCCAUUUUAUGAUGAGUUAUUUUUCUACAACGUCCACAUGACCCCUUCUGAACUGAUGGAUGAGAUCAUCAGCAUUCGGGUUUAUAAUUCCCACUCCCUGCGGGCCGAUUGUCUGAUGGGGGAAUUUAAGAUCGAUGUUGGAUUCAUCUAUGACGAACCUGGUCAUGCUGUCAUGAGAAAAUGGCUUCUUCUCAAUGACCCCGAAGAUUCCAGCUCGGGUGCUAAAGGUUACAUGAAAGUCAGCAUGUUCGUCCUGGGAACCGGAGAUGAGCCUCCUAGCGAGAAGCGAGAGCGUGAUAAUGACAGCGACGACGUGGAGAGUAAUUUGUUGCUCCCUGCUGGCGUCGCCCUCCGGUGGGUGACCUUCUUGCUUAAAAUCUACCGAGCAGAGGACAUCCCCCAGAUGGAUGAUGCCUUCUCACAGACGGUAAAGGAAAUAUUUGGAGGCAAUGCAGAUAAAAAAAACCUAGUGGACCCUUUUGUAGAAGUUUCCUUUGCUGGAAAAAAGGUUUGCACAAAUAUAAUUGAGAAAAAUGCAAACCCCGAGUGGAAUCAAGUCGUUAAUCUUCAGAUCAAGUUUCCUUCAGUGUGUGAAAAAAUAAAACUAACGAUAUAUGACUGGGACCGUCUCACUAAAAAUGAUGUCGUUGGAACCACAUACCUACACCUCUCUAAGAUUGCUGCCUCUGGUGGGGAAGUGGAAGAUUUCUCAUCUUCGGGAUCUGGGGCUGCAUCGUAUACAGCCAAUACAGGAGAAACAGAAGUGGGCUUUGUUCCAACAUUUGGACCAUGUUACCUGAACCUUUAUGGAAGCCCCAGAGAGUACACAGGAUUCCCAGACCCCUAUGAUGAGCUAAAUAAUGGAAAGGGGGAAGGAGUUGCCUACAGAGGCAGAAUCUUGGUUGAAUUAAGCACUUUUCUUGAAAAGACACCACCAGACAAAAAGUUGGAGCCCAUUUCAAAUGAUGACCUGCUGGUUGUGGAGAAAUAUCAGCGAAGGCGGAAGUAUAGCCUGUCUGCUGUGUUCCAUUCAGCCACCAUGUUGCAAGAUGUUGGCGAGGCCAUUCAGUUUGAAGUCAGCAUUGGGAACUAUGGCAACAAGUUUGACACAACUUGUAAGCCUUUGGCAUCAACCACUCAAUACAGCCGUGCCGUAUUUGAUGGGAACUACUAUUAUUACCUGCCUUGGGCCCACACAAAGCCAGUUGUUACCCUGACUUCUUACUGGGAGGACAUUAGUCAUCGCCUGGAUGCGGUAAACAUUCUCCUAGCCAUGGCAGAACGGUUGCAAUUGAAUCUUGAGGCUCUGAAAGCAGGGAUGCAAGGUAAAGUUCCUGCAAACCAGCUGGCCGAAAUAUGGUUGAAGCUGAUUGAUGAAGUUAUAGAAGAUACAAGGUACACAUUGCCUCUCCUGGAAGGAAAAGCCAAUGUCACAAUUCUUGACACUCAGAUCCAAAAGCUGCGGUCCCGAUCUCUCUCCCAGAUCCACGAGGCAGCUGUGAGGAUGAGGUCUGAGGCCACGGAGGUGAAGUCUACACUGGCAGAAAUCGAGGACUGGCUUGAAAAAUUGCUCCAACUGACUGAAGAGCCGCAGAACAGCAUGCCGGAUGUUAUCAUCUGGAUGAUCCGGGGAGAGAAAAGACUGGCCUAUGCACGCAUUCCCGCCCAUCAGGUUCUCUACUCCACCAGUGGGGAGACUGCGUCUGGCAAGUACUGCGGGAAAACCCAGACCAUCUUGCUGAAGUACCCGCAGGAGAAAAUCCACGGACCAAAGGUGCCCGUGGAGCUGCGAGUGAACAUAUGGCUGGGCUUGAGUGCUGUGGAGAAGAAGUUCAAUAGCUUCGCAGAAGGAACGUUCACCGUCUUUGCUGAAAUGUAUGAAAACCAAGCUCUUAUGUUUGGAAAAUGGGGCACUUCUGGACUAGUGGGUCGUCAUAAAUUCUCUGAUGUCACAGGAAAAAUAAAACUCAAGAGGGAAUUCUUUUUGCCUCCAAAAGGCUGGGAAUGGGAAGGAGACUGGAUAGUUGAUCCUGAAAGAAGCUUGCUGACCGAGGCAGAUGCGGGUCACACGGAGUUCACAGAUGAAGUGUAUCAGAACGAGAGUCGCUACCCCGGGGGCGAGUGGAAGCCAGCCGAGGACACCUACACCGAUGCGAACGGUGAUAAAGCAGCGUCACCCGGCGAGUUGACAUGCCCUCCAGGUUGGGAGUGGGAAGAUGACGCAUGGGUAUAUGAUAUAAAUCGUGCUGUGGAUGAGAAAGGCUGGGAGUAUGGAAUUACCAUCCCUCCAGACAAUAAACCCAAAUCCUGGGUUGCAGCUGAGAAAAUGUAUCACACUCAUAGACGGCGAAGGCUGGUCCGAAAACGCAAGAAGGAUUUAACACAAAGCGCUUCAAGCACUGCAAGGGCCAUGGAAGAAUAUGAAGAUCGGGAGGGCUGGGAAUAUGCUUCUUUAAUUGGCUGGAAAUUUCACUGGAAACAGCGUAGUUCAGAUACCUUCCGCCGCAGACGCUGGAGAAGAAAAAUGGCUCCUUCGGAAACACAUGGUGCAGCUGCCAUCUUUAAACUCGAAGGUGCCCUGGGUGCAGACACGACUGAGGAUGGAGACGAGAAGAGCACGGACAAGCAGAAGUACAGCGCCACCGCCGUGUUUGGGGCAAACACGCCCAUCGUUUCCUGUAACUUUGACAGAGUCUACAUUUACCAUCUGCGCUGCUAUAUCUAUCAAGCCAGGAACCUCAUGGCUCUGGACAAGGAUAGUUUUUCAGAUCCAUACGCUCAUGUCUCCUUCCUCCAUCGAAGCAAAACCACUGAGAUCAUCCACUCAACUCUGAAUCCCACAUGGGACCAGACCAUUAUAUUUGAUGAAAUUGAAAUCUACGGGGAGCCCCAGACAGUUCUACAGAACCCACCCAAAGUUAUCAUCGAACUUUUUGACAAUGACCAAGUGGGCAAGGAUGAAUUUUUAGGACGAAGCAUGUGCUCUCCUCUUGUAAAACUAAACUCAGAAACGGAUGUCACACCCAAACUUCUCUGGCACCCCGUAAUGAACGGAGACAAAGCCUGUGGGGAUGUCCUCGUAACUGCAGAGUUGAUUCUGAGGCAAAAGGAUGGCUCCAACCUCCCCAUCCUUCCCUCACAAAGGGCGCCAAAUCUAUACAUGGUCCCCCAGGGGAUCCGGCCUGUGGUUCAGCUCACUGCUAUUGAGAUUCUAGCUUGGGGCUUAAGAAACAUGAAAAACUACCAGAUGGCUUCGAUCACCUCCCCCAGCCUCAUUGUGGAGUGUGGAGGGGAAAGGGUAGAAUCAGUUGUGAUCAAAAACCUAAAGAAGACGCCCAACUUCCCGAGUUCUGUUCUCUUCAUGAAAGUGUUCUUGCCCAAGGAGGAGCUGUACAUGCCCCCGCUGGUGAUCAAGGUCAUCGACCACAGGCAGUUUGGGCGGAAGCCUGUCGUCGGCCAGUGCACCAUCGAUCAUCUGGACCGCUUUCGCUGUGACCCGUACGCAGGAAAGGAGGAUCUUGUGCCGCAGUUGAAAGGCUUUGUUGCUGUGAGGCUGGUAAAGCAGAGAGCUGCCUCCCUUCUGUCGGCCCCGCCCUGCCGGGAUGUGGUCAUCGAAAUAGAAGACACCAAACCAUUACUGGCUUCAAAGUGCUUAAGCAGUAUGUCUACAGCACUCGGCAAAAUGGCUUCUCCAAGGACAGUGCAUCUGACAGAAAAGGAGGAAGAAAUCGUUGACUGGUGGAGUAAAUUUUAUGCUUCCACAGGGGAACAUGAAAAAUGUGGACAAUAUAUUCAGAAAGGCUAUUCCAGACUCAAGGUAUACGACUGUGAACUAGAAGAUGUAACAGAAUUUGAGGGCCUGACAGACUUCUCGGAUACUUUCAAGCUGUACCGAGGCAAAUCAGAUGAAAAUGAAGACCCUUCUGUGGUAGGAGAGUUUAAGGGCUCCUUCAGAAUCUACCCCCUCUCGGAUGACCCCAGUGUGCCGGCCCCUCCCAGGCAGUUUCGGGAAUUACCUGACAGCGUCCCACAGGAAUGCACGGUUCGGAUUUACAUUGUUCGAGGCUUACAACUCCAGCCCCAGGACAACAAUGGUCUGUGUGACCCUUAUAUAAAAAUAACACUGGGCAAAAAGGUAAUCGAAGAUCGAGACCACUACGUCCCCAACACCCUCAACCCGGUUUUCGGCAGAAUGUACGAACUGUGCUGCUACUUACCUCAAGAAAAAGAUCUGAAAAUCUCUGUCUAUGAUUAUGACACCUUUACCCGUGAUGAAAAGGUGGGAGAAACCAUCAUUGAUCUGGAAAACCGAUUCCUCUCCCGGUUUGGGUCCCACUGCGGCAUACCUGAGCAGUACUGUAUUUCUGGCGUAAACACCUGGCGAGAUCAGUUGAAACCAACACAGUUGCUUCAGAAUGUAGCCAGAUACAAAGGCUUCCCACCACCCAUCCUUUCCGAAGAUGGAAGCCGAAUCAGAUAUGGAGGGCGGGACUACAGCUUGGAUGAAUUUGAAGCCAACAAAAUCCUGCACCAGCACCUCGGGGCCCCUGAUGAGCGUCUUGCCCUUCAUAUCCUCAGGACUCAGGGACUGGUCCCUGAGCAUGUGGAAACCAGGACUUUGCACAGCACCUUCCAGCCCAACAUCUCCCAGGGGAAACUUCAGAUGUGGGUAGAUGUUUUCCCUAAGAGUUUGGGACCGCCAGGCCCUCCUUUCAACAUCACCCCCAGGAAAGCCAAAAAGUACUACCUGCGCGUGAUCAUCUGGAAUACCAAGGACGUUCUCUUGGACGAGAAGAGCGUCACAGGAGAGGAAAUGAGUGACAUCUAUGUCAAAGGCUGGAUUCCUGGCAAUGAAGAAAACAAACAGAAAACAGAUGUCCAUUACAGGUCCUUGGAUGGUGAAGGGAAUUUUAACUGGAGAUUUGUUUUCCCAUUUGACUACCUCCCAGCGGAACAACUCUGUAUUGUUGCUAAAAAAGAGCAUUUCUGGAGUAUUGACCAAACCGAAUUCCGGGUCCCACCCAGACUCAUCAUUCAGAUAUGGGAUAAUGACAAGUUUUCUCUGGAUGACUAUUUGGGUUUCCUGGAACUUGACUUGCAUCGUACCAUCAUUCCAGCAAAAUCAUCAGAGAAAUGCAAUUUGGACAUGAUUCCAGACCUCAAAGCCAUGAACCCCCUGAAGGCAAAAACCGCCUCACUAUUUGAGCAGAAGUCCAUGAAAGGCUGGUGGCCAUGCUAUGCAGACAAAGAUGGCUCCCGUGUGAUGGCGGGGAAAGUGGAGAUGACGUUGGAAAUCCUCAAUGAGAAGGAGGCGGACGAGAGGCCAGCCGGGAAGGGACGUGAUGAACCCAACAUGAACCCCAAGCUAGACCCACCAAACCGACCAGAAACCUCCUUCCUCUGGUUCACCAACCCGUGUAAGACCAUGAAGUUCAUCGUGUGGCGCCGCUUUAAGUGGGUCAUCAUCGGCCUGCUGAUCCUGCUCAUCCUGCUGCUCUUCGUGGCCGUGCUCCUGUACUCCCUACCGAAUUAUUUGUCAAUGAAGAUUGUGAAGCCAAAUGCAUAGCAAAAGCAAAGCUUCUUUUCAAGUCAUCCAGUAAUGAGGGAAUCCUGUCUCCAUUUAUGGACCAAAAUCAAGAGCAAUUUUGUUUGCAUCUGACACGGAUCCCAGCAAGAGGCUUGUCAGGUCACUUCACCAAGGCCAGGAUUCCUGGAGGGUCCAGGUCCUCAAAAGUCAAGCCAACAAGCAACAUUUUUAUUUUGUUCUCUAUCUUUGAAGUAUUAAGUUUUAACCACAUUUUUCAGGAUAUUUUUUAAGGUGGCUGGUUCCAUUUAAAAAGCAUCUUUUUUAUGGGUCCGUAAUUUUAUAAUUCAAUUUUUAGAAAUUGCUGAAAUCAAAUUAGACAAUUUCUGCAUCUUAACUUCAUAUACUUCUUAUUUGUAAUCAACAAAAAGGACUGUGCGUUAUAAAAUAGAACAGUCAUUCUUAUUUAUGCCUGCAACUAUUUUUAUGAUAUUUUAUAUGGAUGAAUGUCAUGAGACUCUAUUCAAUCUCUGUGAUGAACCCAAAUAAAAACAUCUCACCUUUGA